AUGAACCAGAGCCACACGCCUGCGUGUGUGAGACUGUCCCGGCAACGGCGACACCCACGGGCAUUGCCUCCUUCACGGAGAGAGGGCCUGGAAAGCUCAAGACUCCCACGGAGGUUCAUUUCCACACUCCCCUCCACCCUUCCAGGCUGGUUUCUCCCUGCUGAAGACGCGCGGGAGCCCAGAGAGCGGCUUCCAGUUCCCGCGGGAUUCGUGGAGAGGUCGGGAGAGCCAGCCCCCGAAACGCGCCCCCCUCACCCCUUCCCCCUCUCCCCCUUCCGCUUCGUCUCUCCGGCCCCACCACCACCACCAUCACCACGCCCUCCCCCGCCCCACCUCAAACCCCCCCACCCCGACCCUGGCCUCAACGCCCUGGGGCCCUUCCUGGGGGGCGGGGGGCGGCGUGCUGUCCCAGGGCUCACCGCCCUUCAUGAAGGGAGCCGCUGGCUGGCUGUCUGGGCCGGCUUCCUGGCUGCACCUGCCGCAGUGCACAGUGAGGUGCACGGGAGCCCGCCGGCCUCUCUCUGCCCGUGUCCGUCCGUGAAAUUCCGGCCGGGGCUCCCCGCGAUGGCCCUCCCGACACCUUCGGACAGCACCCUCCCCGCGGAAGCCCGAGGACGAGGACGGCGAAGGAGACUCGUUUGGACCCCGAGCCAAAGCGAGGCCCUGCGAGCCUGCUUUGAGCGGAACCCGUACCCGGGCAUCGCCACCAGAGAACGGCUGGCCCAGGCUAUCGGCAUUCCGGAGCCCAGGGUCCAGAUUUGGUUUCAGAAUGAGAGGUCACGCCAGCUGAGGCAGCACCGGCGGGAAUCUCGGCCCUGGCCCGGGAGACGCGGCCCGCAAGAAGGCAGGCGAAAGCGGACCGCCGUCACCGGAUCCCAGACCGCCCUGCUCCUCCGAGCCUUUGAGAAGGAUCGCUUUCCAGGCAUCGCCGCCAGGGAAGAGCUGGCCAGAGAGACGGGCCUCCCGGAGUCCAGGAUUCAGAUCUGGUUUCAGAAUCGAAGGGCCAGGCACCCGGGACAGGGUGGCAGGGCGCCCGCGCACGCAGGCGGCCUGUGCGACGCGGCCCCCGGCGGGUGUCACCCUGCUCCCUCGUGGGUCGCCUUCGCCCACACCGGGGCGUGGGGAACGGGGCUUCCCGCACCCCACGUGCCCUGCGCGCCUGGGGCCCUCCCACAGGGGGCUUUCGUGAGCCAGGGAGCGAGGGCCGUCCCCGUGCUCCAGCCCAGCCAGGCCGCGCCGGCAGAGGGGAUCUCCCAACCUGCCCCGGCACGCGGGGAUUUUGCCUACGCUGCCCCGGCUCCUCCGGAAGGGGCGCUCUCCCACCCUCAGACUCCUCGGUGGCCUCCGCAGCCGGGCAAAUGCCGGGAGGACCGGGACCCGCAGCGCGACGGCCCGCCGGGCCCUUGCGCGGUGGGACAGCCUGGGCCCGCUCAAGCGGGGCCACAGGGCCAAGGUGUGCUUGCGCCACCCACGUCCCAGGGGAGUCCGUGGUGGGGCUGGGGCCGGGGUCCCCAGGUCGCCGGGGCGGCGUGGGAACCCCAAGCCGGGGCAGCUCCACCUCCCCAGCCCGCGCCCCCGGAGGCCUCCGCGCGGCAGGGGCAGAUGCAAGGCAUCCGGGCGCCCUCCCAGGCGCUCCAGGAGCCGGGGCGCUCGUCUGCACUCCCCUCCGGCCUGCUGCUGGAUGAGCUCCUGGCGAGCCCGGAGUUUCUGCAGCGGGCGCAACCUUUCCUAGAAACGGAGGCCCCGGGGGAGCUGGAGGCCUUGGAAGAGGCCGCCUCGCUGGAAGCACCCCUCAGCGAGGAAGAAUACCGGGCUCUGCUGGAGGAGCUUUAG